GUAAUAUGGCGGGGGGCAAACGUAAGGGGCCGCGGGAGCGUAAAGUGAGUUUUCGCUCGCGGCUGCUUUGCAAUGCCAGGCAGUCGAGGUGAGUCGAGUCGAGUCGAACGGAGCCGAGCCUGAGCCUCUUGGAGUCAGUCUUGAACGUGGCCCCGUCGCAUCCUUCUCGACGCUGCCUGGUGGUAUCCUCGUGCACGGCUACCACCUGUCGAAAUCGAACGAUCUUUAUCGUGUAACGUCGUCGAACCACUUGCCGCUUGUUUGCUCGAAAUGGCCGCGAUCUAAAAAACCGUCAAGGAUCGUCGGUUCAGUGAAUCACGACGGUUCACCACCGAUCGCUGCACACAUUCUUGCUCUCUCUCCUUCGCGACAUUUGAUCGCUCCAACGAUUUUGUUGUUUUCUCAUCGACGAUGACGUCGUCCAACCGGUGCAUCGGUUGAGACCACGUCCUUUUUGGUGCAGUGAUUUCGUGUGUGCGUGUCCGACAGGAUCAGCUGGAAGAUUAGCGAACGCUAUUCAACAGAUUCGCCUCACCGAGGCGGAAGGAGUUAAUCAACGAGAGGGGUGCCCAUGCCGAGCGUCAGGAGAAAUCAGCAGGAGGGUCUUAGGAGCGCGAGAGGAACAUUGUCAGAGGGAAGAAGCUCGAGGAACUCGGUGAAAGAAUCGAAUUUGUGAACGUGAACGAUCGUAGCACGUCGCAGCUUGAAAAUGUUAUCGAAAACGUGUUCCGCGAUCAUGUCGGGACUAAUGUUGUUGGUGUUAACGGUGAUAACGUUCAGAGAAGUGCAAGGACACGUUGCCUUAACCUUUCCACGUGCUAGGAAAUACGAUUUAGAUUUUCUGGACAAUGCCAGGACACCUGGUCCCUGUGGAAUGCCUCGUGGUGAUGUAAAGACUACGUUUCUGUCUGGAAGUAACUUCAACGUCACGUGGCAUCUGGCAUACCCUCAUCGAGGUGGAUUUCGCUUGCAAAUCUUGGAUGCCCUCGACCGACCACUGGUCGAUCUGACUCCGGUUACGAAAAACAGCGAAUUCGUCGAAGAUGACGCCACGGCACAAAGUUAUGCGGUGCAAUUACCUCAGAACUUUACAUGUACAGAUUGUACGAUUCGCCUUCUGCGAGAAGCCGAGGAAUGGGGUUCCAGUUACAGAUUUUGGUCCUGCGCCGACAUUGAUAUUAUCGACAGAAAGAGCUACAGGGAAGAUUGCAGCGGUCACGGCCGAUAUCUUCUGGGUCGAUGCAGAUGCGAUCGACUGUAUCACGGUACAAGGUGCGAAUUUAAGGAGGAAUGCCUGGACGAUUCCGACUGCGGUAUCCAGGGCACGUGCAUUGACAAUGGUGGCACGACCGCGCCCACCAAGCAUUGCUACUGCAAUAUCGGCUGGUUCGGCCCAGGUUGUGCCAAGAAAUCACCAAUCAAGACCAUCGACGUUGACCUGGACUCUUACACGAUGAAAAAGUUCUCCGACAAUUUUACGUUCUACUGGCGAAUAUUGAAAGAGAGUAAAGAACUCGAAGGCGUAAUGGUGGUAAAUGGCACGAGUUGGGUCGGUGUUGGCUGGCGACCAAGCGAUCUGACUUCCAUGUGUCGCUCUUUCCCCAACAUCCAAGAACGGCCAAAGGACGAGCCACUUCCACAGCCUGAACCCAAAUCGGAACCGGAACCAAAGUCCGAACCAAAAGCCGAACCGAAAGCCGAACCUGAACCCGAACCCGAACCCGAAGCCGAACCUGAGUCUGGGACCGAAAGAUCCAGUGCUAAGAGAAGAUCGGCUAAGGCCCAUGAUAUCGCACUAUUGGCUGCGACUCCUAGAUCAGACACUGAUGUCACGGUGCAGACGAGCGUUACUUAUCGCGUUAGCACGAGGCAAGGACGUAAGAAGAGGUCUCCGGAGUCAGCAGCAGCCUCUGCAAAUGGGGAACCCGUCGCCGAGCCGAGCACUGUCAACAGCACCAACACCAAACCUGAACCGGAACCUAAAUCCGAACCAGAACCCAAAUCCGAACCUGAACCGAGUUCAGAACCGGAGCCUGAGUCCGAACCUGAACCGAGUUCAGAACCAGAGCCCAAGUCUGAGCCAGAACCUAGUUCGGAACCGGAACCAAAAUCUCAAUCAGAAUCUAUUUCCAAAACUGAAUUAAAGUCUAAAACUGAAUCAAGAUUCAAGGCAGAACUGAUUUCGGCAGCUGAACCUAAAUCCGAACCCGAGCCCAAGUCCGAACCUGAACCUAGUUCAGAACCGGAGCCUAAAUCCGAACCCGAACCUAGUUCGGAGCCUAAAUCCGAACCUGAACCUAGCUCGGAACCCGAACCCGUGUCCGAGCCCGAACCUGAACCCAAGUCCGAGCCAGAACCAAGUUCAGAGCCAGAGCCAAAAUCCGAGCCAGAACCCAAGUCAGAACCAGAACCCAGUUCCGAACCAGAGCCAAAAUCUGAACCGGAACCCAAGUCAGAGCCGGAGCCAAAGUCUGAACCGACCUCGGAACCAGAGCCGAUUUCAGACUCCAAUUCGAGCGCAACGAAAGCUGCCCUCCCCGGAUCAGGGCACAAGUUCACACCAAAGCACGAUUUCAAUCCCAUGGACUGUACGGACAUCAUAAUCGGUUCUGCACGUGGUAAUAGUCACAGGAUCGGUGACUAUUACACUAGAGAUAGAUCCACCCCGCGAAAGGAUGAAUACUGGGGUGGUAGGGAUACGUUGACCGCUGCCAUGGGCUAUGAGCGCGAUGGUGUUACCACAAUCCUCUUCAGAAGAAAACUGGCAGCAAACGAGCCAACUGACCAUGAAAUAGUUGACGACAACAUGCAGGUGAUAUGGGCAAAGGGGCAAGAACCGGGCAACUACGUCCACCAUCCACCUAGCGGUAUUGAAAAGACUAAGGUCAAGGUGAAGGACUUCUACAAACCUGACGAGCUCAAGUAUCAUGGACAUGGGUCCCAAAGGGGGACAGUGACGCUUAAUUUCUUUGACGAAAAGAACAGACAGGAGGCGAUGAGUGGCAACAAUACCUUGCAGAUUUCAAAUUGCACUGGUGAAUGGCGUUAUCCCAGACAUUGUCUACCCGAGAAUGGUACCUGUGAAUACUCUAUUCAAUGGUCCUACAAGGGACGAAAGGAUCAAUUAUCGUUUGUCAUUACCACUACCCAUACCAAUGCUUGGACCGGUGUUGGAUUCUCCGACGAUGAAAAAAUGUCCCAGACGGAUGCAGUGUUAGGUUGGGUCGACGACAAGUCGGGUCGGGCUUUUCUCAUGGACACUUGGAUCAGCGGAUACAAUGCCCCGUUGCUCGAUCCAUCUCAAGAUAUCUACAACACCGGUGGUAGUAAAGUGGAUGGCGUAACGACGCUUAAAUUCUCGAGGAAACGGAUAACAAAGGACAAUAGGGACAUCUCGUUCACGGAUGAUCACUGCUUGUACAUGAUGUACCCUGUCAAGGGUGGCGUAUUCAAUGCUGUCAGCAAGAAAAUACGCAAACACGAUGCUGUGCCCAUUGUCUCCUCCGAGAGGAUAUGCAUCAGAUCUUGCGGACUCGAAGAACUUGAGGAAAUGACCACACCAGCGCCGCCUAGAUUACACUAUAACGUUGAAGUGAAGCUGAUUAAUUUAGGUGAUGGUUUUACAACUCCCGCGCCAGGUACCCCUGACUUUGAGGUUAUCUCGAAUAGAAUUUCCGACAGCUUUGGUCCCGUUCUCGAUAAAUUACCAGGGUAUUACCAAAUUCGUCUGAACGAAUUGAAAAAGGACGACGAACAAAAUGGCGUCAUCGCGCGCAUGGAUCUGAUCCUAGAUAAAAAUGAAGUCAAAGGCAGGUCGUUGAAACCUUUGGACACUAAUGCUGCUGCGGAGAAGGCAUUGAAAGAGGCUCUGGUUAAUGGGAAGGUCGGGGCACUCAGCGUCGACCCUCAGUACCUCAUCAUCAGAGCCCCUCGAGUAAAUGACUUUGGUGGCGGAGGAGACCCAGAGGAGGGAUCAUCAUCAACAUUUGGCUCGGACCUGUUUCUGGACGCGACGAAACUGUACAUCCUCGUUGGUUGUGUUGCUGCUCUGCUUGCUCUUGCUCUUUUACAAGCAAGCUGCACCCUCUACAGGUCCUCCAGGAGGCGAGCAACAAAGGAUCGUCUGAUCGCCAGUAACGCUUGGAAGGACUACGCCUCGGGUGCAAACACAAACUUCGCCUUCGAGGCGUUCGAAACAGAAGAGAAGGCUCCACCGCCUCCAGUCUCUAGUUUACCACGGCACAGAGAAAUGACUGGAAACGGUCUGGGCACAGACACCGUUGAGGGUCCUACAAGAAUGGUAGGACCCCGGGCGACUUACAGUCUGCCGCGUGCCCCUGGAACUAGGCACACCGCGCCCAUUCAGCCGGGCUACUACACCCAAGAUCGCAGGGAUCAUUAUCAGCGAUCGAAGAACAACGCGCACAAUGCCGGUGGCGUUUCCACUCAGCCUAAUCAGCCUGACUUUUAUUUCAUGCCCAGCCAGCGCAAAUACAGCGGCGAAGUCGUGCGCGUUUACGUGGAUUACGGUAGUCAGACGCCAAAGUAACCUCCAUUAUCCCCAACGGACGAAGGAAAACGAAAGAGAAAAAUGUUUGCGAUAGUGCUGCCCUCUUCUGAUUACUUAAGCCCCCACAUCCAAGCGGACGAUUUUACCUCCUCGCUUCAGUGAAGCGACCCUGUACAUAAAACACACGUUAGUGGACCUGGAGAGAACGAGACUUUUGAAAGGAGCCCCCUCCCCUCCCUCCGGUUGCACUUCUCAUGGAUCGUUGUUCCGUUUCUCUGUCGUUUGGUCCCGUUCAGCUCUCGAGAGCAUCGAACCGAGGCAUCAUCGCGCUUCACGAUAAAAUAUAUCACACGCAGAAGUGGCGCUUACACGACCAAAGAGUUAUCGUUAAGGUGCGCUCGAUGGCGCGCGAUUCUGUACAAAAGCGCAUUAAGCAACUUUAAACUUGCGAUUGGCGUGUGGCCCGGGUACGAUCGGUACCGAUGCGCCCUCAGAUAUAUUACAUACGUGUACUUAUAACGAGUAAGCAGAUGGACGUUUUUAAACAAUAAAACGUUUGUACAUUU